CAUAUAUAAUCCCCUUCAAACCCCUUUUCAUUUUCAGUCUCAAUCUUUCAUAUUUCUUGUGUUCACAUCUCUUUCGGGCAAUUUUUUCAAAGACCUUACUUUCAUUUUCCAACUUUCCCAAAAUUUUGCUUACGUUUAUAUAUAGAUAUAUAAAUAUAUGACUUCUUCUAAUACAAAACAAGAGAAUAGUAGUGAUUAUUUUUAUUACUAUAGUUUAUUACAACAAACAUUUGAUCAAAUGAAUGAUGCAAAACCAACAACAAGUGGUAAUGAUGGAGAAAAGCAAGCACAAGAACAAGAAGAAGAGCAAGUGAAAACAAAAGGGUUGAAAGAAAUUAUUACUAGUUUGCUUUUGAUUGAAGAACAAGACAAAAUAGAAAAACAAACAUGGGAUGAUGCUCAAGAACAAGACAAGGUAAUGUUUCAAGAAAAUCAUAAUAAGAAAACAAAAGCCAUGUUGGAUUACCGCAACGAGUUACAGGAACUCGAUGAGGUAAUCGACGAAACGCAUCGCGUUAGGAAACGCAAAGCGCGCGCCGCAACUAAUGCGGCGCUCGCUUCCGUUGUUAUAUCAGCUGAUGCUGAUAUAACCUCGGCCCAGAAAAACACCCCCAGUACCAGUACGGUUGGAAAUACUGGCGCUGGGGGUGCUGGUGGGCCGCAAAGAAGAUUAUGGGUAAAGACUAGGUCAACUGAUUGGUGGGAUAAAUGCAAUAGUCCGGAUUUCCCGGAAGAGGAAUUCAAAAGGGCAUUUAGAAUGGGGAAAGAUACAUUUGAAAUGAUAUGUAAUGAGCUGACGUCAGUUGUGGCCAAGGAAAACACAAUGUUGCGCGACGCGGUGCCAGUAAGGCAACGCGUCGCGGUUUGUAUAUGGCGGUUAGCCACUGGCGAACCGCUACGUCUUGUUUCAAAACGAUUCGGGUUAGGCAUUUCGACGUGUCACAAGCUUGUGCUUGAAGUUUGUUCAGCUAUAAAGAAUGUGUUGAUGCCAAAGUAUCUACAAUGGCCUAAUGAGGAUACCAUUAGAGUGAUCAAAGAUGAAUUCGUGUCGAUUUCUGGUAUCCCGAAUGUUAUAGGAUCAAUGUACACAACUCACAUUCCAAUUAUUGCUCCAAAAAUAAGUGUGGCUGCUUAUUUUAACAAAAGACAUACAGAGCGAAACCAAAAGACUAGUUACUCGAUAACGGUUCAAGGCGUUGUCGACCCACGAGGCGUUUUUACGGAUGUGUGCAUCGGAUGGCCCGGUUCGAUGCCAGAUGAUCAAGUGUUGGAAAAAUCAGCACUUUUUCAAAGGGCAAAUAAUGGGCUGUUGAAAGAUGUUUGGGUUGUAGGUAGUUCAGGAUACCCCUUAAUGGAUUGGGUAUUAGUACCUUAUACACAACCACAUUUGACAUGGACACAACAUGCAUUUAAUGAAAAAAUUGGUGAGAUACAAAGAGUAGCUAAAGAUUCAUUUGCAAGGUUGAAAGGAAGGUGGUCUUGUUUACAAAAAAGAACAGAAGUUAAGCUUCAAGAUUUGCCUGUUGUGUUAGGGGCUUGCUGUGUUUUGCAUAAUAUUUGCGAAAUUAGGAACGAAGAAAUAGAGCCCGAGUUGAUGAUUGAGCUUAUGGAUGAUGAAAUGGUGCCUGAAAUCGGAUUAAGAUCUGCGAUUGCAAUGAAAGCGAGGGAUUCGAUUGCUCAUAAUCUUUUGCAUCAUAAUCAUGCUGGUACUUCUUUCUUGACUUGAAGAGAACUUUGAUUACUAAACAUAUUGUUAUUGGGAUUAGUCUUUUAGCUCAUUUUAUUAUCAUGUUGUUAAUUGUGUUGGAUUAUAGCCAUUUUGUUGCAUUUUUUUGAUGUGGGGUUGUCAUAUAUGUAUCUUCCCCUUUGUGCAAACACAUUGAAAAUUUGGCUUUUAGGAUGAGUUUUAUACAGAAAUUACUUACUAAAUUUAAAUUUAACAGUUUAACUA